AUGGAGAUACCUAAAAACAAAAACCAAAAUAAAAAUCCACCUAACGGUGAGGAGGACGCAAGCGAGGUCAGCUCGCUUGCGAAUAUAACCGAGGCGCUAGAUGCAUCGUAUGCACGUGCCUCUAGCAGGAAGGAGUCAGACUCAGAGUCCGACUCAUCAUUGUCUGGCGUCAGCAUCGCGCUGCGCCACAAGAAAGACCGGGGCGUUUUUAAACGUCCCAGGUUGGAGCCGUCUUCCAACGAGCAGGAGGCCCCAGCCCCCAAAAUCCCCACGGCUGCGCGGGGUAGGGGCAAGGGGAAGGGCUCCACAAGGGCGGCUGGGAGCCGAUCCGAGCCGGCAGAGCGGCUGGCAGCGGAGGGGAGCGCCCUGGGAAAGGCUGCCCCCUCGGACUCCUCGGAGAUGGAGGCCUCCGGUGGUGAGGGUUCUGUAGGCGGCGCUGAGAGCCUCCGCCUACAAGUAAAGGAAGCACUCCGCAUGCUGGCUGGGCAGAAAACCCAGGCUGGCAGAAAUGGAGUGCUUAAACACGCGGAAGCCGCUAUUAUGUCGGCGGUAUCCCAGCCGGGCUCAGCUGAGCGGCAGAUGGCCGCUAUGCAAAAAGAGCUGGCUGGAAUGCGGCGGGAGCUAUCCCGCUUGGUGGCUGCCAAUACUGCCCUGGAGGCUGAGCUUCGGGCAGCAAAAACAGAGCUCGCCGCAGCUCGGGGAGUCCGAUCCCAACCUGCGCAGCCAGCGGAGGCCGACCUUCUCGGCCUUAUGCGGCGGGAGAUGGCCGCCUUCCAGCAGCGUUUCGACGUGCUGGAGGGUAGGCUCCUGCGACCUCCACUCGCAGCCGGGUCGUAUGCUGCCGCAGCGGCUAAGCCCAAGCCGCCAACCAGCCGCCCGAGCGUACGGCGCGUAGCGUUCCGCGCGCGCCUCAAAGAGCCAAUAGACCACCACAGACGGGGCCCUAAAGGGCUGAUGUUCAGCCGGGGCUGCGGGGUAGGGAAUGCAUGGUUGAGAUUGUACCCGCUACCCAAACUCCCUGAGGAGUCCGUUACCUCCGUGAUCCUUCGCUGUGCUCUCUGCCAACUUGGACUAUGCAGUAUGCUGGUGAUAUGGACCGUUGUAUGGGUUUUCGUCAUUCAUUCUUUUGAAGGUCCAUAUGAAAUAAAAGCGUCCAAGGAUUUCGAUAAAGAGCAGAAUUUCCUCGUUAUAAAACUUGCUACGGAACUAAGACAGGUAAGUGCUUUUGAACGAGUUUAA